AAAGUGUAAUCAUUUAAAUAUAAUCUAUAACUCAUUAAAUACCAAAUCUACCGAUCAUAAAUGCCUAAAUAUGAAGUGUUUAUUAUUAAGCAGUGUUAGUUUUGAGUGUUUUUUUUUUUUUUUUUUGUCUAACCAGGUCAUUGAAGACUUUUAACUCUGUUAAUUAUUCUCUUCUUAAAGAUGGAGUUUAUUAAAGAGGAGACUGAAGAUGUGAAGAUUGAGUUUAAUAAAGAGGAGAUUGAAGAAACAUUCAGUGUGAAACAUGAAGAUACUGAGGAACAAACAGACCUAACGGCACUGAGAGAGGCUAGCCAUGAACUUAAUGAGAGGGAAGAAGAGAAAGAACAUUAUGAUAAACAUGAUUUCAUGACUGAGGAAAGGUCAACGCUGGCUAAAAAGACUUCCUCACGAAAUAGAGCUCAAAAGACAGCAAGUAAAAGUUAUUUCACCUGCCAACAGUGUGGAAAGAGUUUUGAUCAACAUAGAAACCUUCAAGUCCACAUGAGAACUCACACUGGAGAGAAACCUUUCACUUGCCAGCAAUGUGGAAAGAGUUUCAGUCAAAAAGGAAACCUUAAAGUCCACAUGAGAAUUCACACUGCAGAAAAGCCUUACACCUGCCAACAAUGUGGAAAGAGUUUCAGUCAAAAAGGAAACCUUAUAGUCCACAUGAGAACUCACACUGUAGAGAGCCCAUUCGCCUGCAUACAGUGUGGACAGAGUUUCAGUGAAAAAGGAAAACUUGAAAUCCACAUGAGAAUUCACACUGGAGAAAAGCCUUACACCUGCCAAGAGUGUGGAAAGAGUUUCACACAAAAAGGAAGCCUUACAGCCCACAUGCGAAUUCACACUGGAGAAAAGCCUUAUACCUGUCAAGAGUGUGGAAAGAGUUUCCAUUAUAAAGGAAACCUUAAAGACCACAUGAUAAUUCACACUGGAGAGAGCCCAUUCACCUGCCAACAGUGUGGAAAGAGUUUCAGUCAAAAAGGAAGGCUUGAAAUCCACACGAGAUCUCACACUGGAGAAAAGCCUUACACCUGCCAACAAUGUGGAAAGAGUUUCAGUGAGAAAGGAAACCUUAUAGCACACAUGAGAAUUCACACUGGAGAAAAGCCUCAUACCUGUCAAGAGUGUGGAAAGGGUUUCAGACAAAAAGAAAAACUUGAAAUCCACAUGAGAAUUCACACUGGAGAAAAGCCUUUCACCUGCCAAGAGUGUGGAAAGAGUUUCAGUCAUAAAGGAAACCUUAUAGUCCACAUGAGAAUUCACACUGGAGAAAGCCCAUUCGCCUGCCAACAGUGUGGGAAGAGUUUCAUUGGAAAAGGAAGCCUUGAAAUCCACAUGAGAGUUCACACUGGAGAAAAGCCUUACACCUGCCAAGAGUGUGGAAAGAGUUUCAGUCAUAAAGGAAGCCUUAAAGACCACAUGAGAAUUCAUACUGGAGAAAAGCCUUACACCUGCACUCUGUGCGGGAAUGGCUUUACACGGGAACAAAUCCUUAGGGAACACAUGAAUAUUCACACUGGAGAGAAGCCUUUUACAUGUGAUCAGUGUGGAAAGAGUUUCGCACAUAAAUUGUCACUCUAUUUUCACAUGAAAAUUCAUACUGGAGAGAAGCCAUUCAUGUGUGAUCAGUGUGGAAAGAGUUUCAGAUUCAUGGGUAACCUUAGGGACCACAUGAGGAUUCACUCGAAAGAGAGCUGUUUUAGAAGUCGUCACUCUGGAAAGAGCAGAGGUGUAAAGAGUACCUGAAAAUCAUACUUGAAUAAAAGUACAGAUACCUUAUCUGCCUCAUCUCCUAAAUCAAACACCUGCGAUUCACAACUAACUGCUAAUGCACUUGCACUCAUGUAAUGUAGCCUUGUUGACAAGUUUGGGUGAGUAAAGGCAAACAUACAAGAUAUAGUACAUUCAAUGCCUUCUUUAUAGCAGAAACUGCUAGAGAAAAAGUUAGGUGCCAUGCAAAAGGUAAUGUAAGUAUUGGAGUAAAACGUACAUUUACUUGCUGAUAAAUGUAGUCAAGUAAAGAGUAAAAGUUGCUAAUAUCUUGAUACAAAGUAGUCAAAACGAUACUUAAGUACAGUAACUAAUUGCAUUUACUCAAAUACUUUAUACCACUGGGAAAUAGACAGACAGUCUCUGUAAAUGGCAGAUUUAAAGAAAAUUACAGUUGUUUGGCAAAUAAAUAAAUAAAUUAAGGACCGUUACAUACGCAUUACCAGUCAUGUAGGCUUUAUGGUACACCUUUAAACAAGGUAUUUAAUAGUAAUUUAUAAUGUUAAUAUUAAUUGCAGAGUCCACGAACGGCUUGGGUAUCCAGAGAAUUCACAGCUUAUAUGGACCGCACGCCACUGUUUUAAAGUAUUUUCAUCCACCUGGAAGAUAGAAAUGACGUCAUUACGUGAGGACGUAAAAGAACCAGUGAUCUGUUUUCUGAACCGGUUCAUUGAAAUGAACUGUCCGAAAGAAAAAGAAAGUUCUUUAUGACCUGAGGGAAAAGACAAGAGUCACCUCUUUGUCUAUUUUAAGUUUUCAUUUAAAAUGUUUGUGAUUUUAACAUAAAGCUUAUGUUUUAAUGUUUUGCCACUUGAGUGAGCAAUGUAAUAUAUAAAUCUAAAGUAUUAGUUUAUAGAGGGUUCCCACGGGUCAUGGAAUUUCUGGAAUAUCGUGGAAUUUUAAAAGGUCUAUUCCAGAUAUUGAAAGUCAGGGAAUUUUAUAUUUUUUUUCCCAAGUCAUGGAAUGUCAGGGAUUUUGGUUUGUUGCUUUAAAUUUUAGUUUCCAUUUAUCAAAAUGUAUUGUAUACCGUUUUUUUUUUUUGUUUUUUUUUUGUCAAGUUUCACGUGUUUUGUAUUGUAGUGGUUAGGCUAUUUUUCAGCGCCAUUUUAUUCCCUUCCCGCUCCCUGUACCACCUGUUAACUAAGGCAAACAUGCCAGGAAAUGUAAAUUCUGAUGGACAGAAUAAGGUCUUUUAAGGAUGGAUAUGUUUUGCUUUUUGAUGAAAGCUUGAAUCGGAAGACCCAAACAAAAUAAAUGGACAUUCAUUUAAGAUUUAAGGACAAUGAUGCUGUCGUUACACGCUACUUCACUUCUGAAUUCAUGGGCUACGACAGAGGAUAUGGUGGAGGUCUUCCACAAGUUGAAGAGGGGUUGAAUUACAAAGGUCUUGUACAGCUUUCAAUGGAUGGACCUAAUGUUAAUUUUAAGUUCCAAGACCUUAUACAAACUGAACUUGGACGAGAUGUCAAUACUGUGUUACUAAUUGUGGGUAGCUGUGGCCUACAUAUUUUGCACGAGGCAUUUGAAAAGGGUGCAGAUGCCUCAAAUUGGAACGUAGACCAGUUCUUAAGUAAUGCUUAUUGGCUACUGAAAGAUUCCCCUGCCUGAAGAGAGGAUUAUGCUAAAGCUGUCGGACAAACAUCUCCUCUUAUGCCACUCAAAUUCUGUAAAACAAGAUGGGUAGAGAAUGUCCCAGUUACAGAGAGAAUGAUCAAUAAAUUGACGAACUUGAAGAAAUAUGUGAAUGCAGUAGAGGCAGGCAAAUUCCCUAACCCUGGAACUAAAUCCUAUACUACUGUCAAAGAAGGGUGCAGAGACCCACUGUUGCCUGUAAAGGUUGCACCUUUCUUGAAUCUAUAUCAAACAGACCGGCCUAUGCACUGCAAAUUUUAAAGAGUGAAUUUAACUUCCUCAGAGUUAAAAUUAACACUCACCCAGAGUAUAUAUGGGAACCACUGGUAAAGUGUUAAAUUAACACUUUUGAAAGAGUUAACAUUAUUAACACUCUGACAGUGUUAACUAACAAACUCUCAAAGUGUGAAAUUUUAACACCACAAUAGAUGAUCAGAACACCAAAGUCGGUGUUCAAAGUUAACUUGUUGACCUGGUCAACACUUCACCAACGUUCAAGCAAAAUUUAAACUAAAUUAAUGUUGAGUACUUACAUAGACCACUAGGAUUUACACAACAGUUACCAUCUAUUAGUGUUACCAUCCCAAUAAUCAGACCAUAAAGUGCUGCAAUGAAUAAAUUUUAUUAUUUUUCCUUUAACAGGGCUUCACAUUAAAUUUAUCCCAGGACAGGGCACUCAAGAUACCCUGUACAAUGAUCCUGAUCAACAUUAAACUUCAUAAAACAAAGCUCAUACCUGCUGUUUGCAGUCUAUAUGAUGCAGUUUUCUGGUACAAUAUAAAACAUGAAAACAUUGAAGAGCUUCAAGUAUCAUCCAGGGCUUCAUAUAACAUUUGACAAGGGACAGGGCUCAAAAUACCCUGUACAACCUCUUUUUACAACAAUAAACUUCAUAAAAACAAAGCUCAUACCUGCUGCUUGCAGUCUAUAUGAUGCAGCCGUCUGGUACAAUAUAAAACAAUGAGUCUGUACCAUAAGACAUUUGAAAAUCGAAGGGCUUAAAGUAUCUCAAGUCACGAGAUGCAACAACUGAAACAUUAAGUACAUUUUCAACAACAUGAAAAGCAUGAAAAUGUUCUACAAAUGUAGUCUCCAUUUUAGUUACCAAACUUCAGUUCUCAGAAGUAUACAAACAAUCUUGUUGAACACUGGCAAUUCAUCAAUAAAAUCUGUACAAACAACAA